UCCAUCCCCCUCCCCUGGCGGCAGUGGGAUUUGAUCCCACGUCUCUACUCCAACGAGUCAGGGAUCUCACCAGCUAAGCUAUCAUCAGUGGGCACAUCGGCACCGGCGUAGUUACUCGUUAGCGCGGGAAAACUUGCAAGUCAUUUGGCGCCAUACGCCACCGUAUAAAUAACAUAUUACUACGGAAAAAACCAGUAAUGGCCGAGUCCGGAUCUCACUCUUUCCGUUCAUAAUCUUCCAUACACUUGAGCUUUCCUGUUACCGUCGCCACCAUCUGUUACAAUUUACAACCUCUCAUUCUCAUUCAGUUAGAUUGAAUCGAGCUCCCGAAUCAUGGACAUGGAAGGGCUAUCUAUCAUUUGUGCUGGUCUUGGGUUUGUCGAGGAGGAUGAAAAUGGCUCCCGAAUUGGUUACACAAAGGGCGAAUAUUGCUUAGAUAACUUGAAGGAUCUGCAGAGAUUUCUGAGACGCGAUGAUCCACAAACACGAGAUGUAUUCAAACAAGUCUGCAAAUGGAACACAGUGUCUAAGGAUCUAAUACCAAUAAUCGAACAUUGCCAAGACGACCGAAGCUUGGUGAUAAAUGCAGUGAAGGUUUUGAUAUUUCUCACUAUGCCUAUUGAGCCCACGUCUAGCGAUAUCUCCCAACAGAUGGAGUAUCUGUGGGAUUUAAAGGCUUCAAUUACUCGCAAUGACACAAUUGCUGUGGUUAUUUCCCUUCUAGAAGACCCGCUGGAAAAUCUGGAACGUGGAGCAUUCACAGAGGAUGAUUGGAAGUUGGUCCAGUUGGUGCUUACUUUGUUUCGGAAUGUCCUGGCUGUCCAAGAAAUUACAUUGCAGCAGAAAGCUGUGGGAUCUGCCACUCAAUAUAUUUCCUUGAGAGACAAAUUUCUGGAGUUAUUGUUUAAUGAGAACGUAAUGGAUCUCAUCAUGGUUCUGACACAGCAUGUUGGUGGUUCUUGUUACUAUCUCCGCCAAGAUAACUUACUUCUGUUAGAGAUAUUCUAUUACAUAUUUAUGGGCCAAGAGCCUGAGUUGAUUGCCAAAGCUUCUCAAAAGGGUUCUGAGGUGGAGGGAAAUGUUAAAGAAUCUCUUGAUUCUCUAAGGUCUAUCAUGGAGGAGGAAGAAGCAAAAAGGCGGCUCACUAGACAACUGAAUUUGGAUCGACAUUCACAAUUUAGUGGAACUUUUACUCGGUUUUCCAUGGAUGGCUCUAAAACAUUAUUCAAAGGGAAUCCUGGUUCAGCAUCCUGUGAUAGCCUGUUGAAAUCUCAUAAAUCACAACGGGGUCCUCUAAAGAGAAUUGUAUGGGACCAUGGAAAAUUUUCUUCACCAAAGGAUAAAAUUUUGGAAUUGCUCCAUAACCUUCUAAACCAGCUACUGUCAGGUGGUUACAAUGUUUUAAUGCAGUCAAUUCGUGAGGAUAUUGAGAAAGAACAUCAUGCAAUACAAAACAGCGAUGUUGCUAUUUUCUUCCAGGUUGCUCAAUUUGUUACAGCUUUUCAACAUCACAAGUCCUUAAUUUGGAAGCAUAUGAAUGUGGAAACCAAGGCAUUUGAGGCGAUUACAAAUAAAGAUGAUAGCACGUUCUUCCAAGGAGAGAUUUGUGGUCCAAUUGCAGCAACAAUGGAUGAAGCUAUGUUCUUAUUAGUCACAUCUAAGUGGCGUUAUGCUUUUGAUGCCUUAAAAGAGACCAACGAUUACAAGUUUCUGUCUAUUUCAGGAGCUCUCAUGAAAAAUAUGAUUUGCAUGUUAGGUUUGGUGCUUAAGUUAUUGCCAGAAGACUCUAAGGAAUCUCGAACUGCUCGCAUCCUUCUUUAUAAAAUAUUUUAUGAUCAGACAGACCAGGGAAUGACUCCUUUCCUAAUAAACCUGAUUAAAUCUUUUGACACUCAUAAACAACCUAAAGGUGAUCUUGCAGAUCUAGUCGAAAUGAUAUAUUUAGUUGUGCAGAUUAUGGAGAAACUUCAAGCACGUGGCACAUUAAGGGUUUCUAGAAAAUCAAGAAGGGGAAGAAAGAAGAAAUUACUAGGGGAUGGCAAAGCAGCUGAAGAGGAACUAUUGGGAGAUGAUAAUAAUAGUGUACGGAAAGAGAUAAAUUCUACUUGUGAACCAUCUCUGGACUCAGGCAUGCCCCUAAAAACAAGUGUAACCAACUCAAGUGUUGAUGGAAAAGAAGAAAAUAUUUUGGACAGUUAUUUGGUUGAUGAGCCUGAAAUACCCCCAUUGGACACAGAGAUUCUUGGGGAAGAUUUGGCACAGCCUGUUAACAAAAAAUCUAGUCAUACAGCCAAUGAUCUAGCAUAUGCAACAGAGAAUUCAUCUGAUGAUGAUCAGACAGUUGCUACGGAUGAAGUUGAUUUUAAAAUAUCUAGUUUGGUCACUACUUUUACAAACAACACCAUUAUCCAAAACUUGUGCUGGUUGUUGAAGUUUUACAGAAGCAAUUCCACUACUACAAAUCACCAUAUCCUAUACAUGCUGCGGAGGAUUUCUGAUGAUCUUGAACUUUCUCCUAUGCUUUAUCAGUUAUCACUCCUCACCAUCUUCUAUGAUAUCCUUGCCGAGCAGAAGUCUUCUCCAUGCAAGGAUUAUGCAAAUAUAGUUUCCUUUCUCACUGAUCUGGUGAGGAAAAUGCUAAAGAAAAUGAAAACCCAGCCACUUCUGUUUGUGGAAAUACUGUUCUGGAAGACACGCAAAGAAUGUCACUACAUAAAUUCUGAGUCUUUAUUACAUGAGCUUCGCAACUUGAAAAGGGAAAGUAAAAAAUGGGGAAAUGCUUCAUCUGAGAAUGAAGGACAAAUCAGUUCAUUGCAAAGCAACAGAGAGAUGGGCAGAAGAAGCAUAGCAGAUUCACUUGGUGAAGAUGAAGCUGAUAUUGUUUUUUCCCACGAUCUCAGUUAUCAAAAGGAAGAAAAUCCAGAUGAAAUGAAGCUUAAGAAUGAUGCUGAGAUCAACGGAGAGGAAAAUAAUGACAUGAAUGAUGCUUACAGUGAAGGGCAUGCCUUGGAAGACCAUUCUCCAAGAGGUCCCCAAAGAAAGAAGAGACUUGUUUUUGAUGAAGAGCUGGAAACUGAUAUUAAGAAUCUUUAUGAGAAAUACAAAGAUAAUCGGCACUGCAGUCGUCUUAUUGCUGAAGCUCUUGAGCAUAGUCGAAAAGUAUCCCCAGUUCAAGUUUCCAAUAAGCUUAAACAGCUAGGACUCAAGACAUCCAAGAAAAGAAAUCUUUGCACUGGUAGGGAUGAGCAUGUGAUGCUGGAAGGAAAGGAAUUGGGGAAUGACGAUACUCACCUUCCUUUGAAUGGAUUGGAGGAGAGCUCUUUCCGUGGGAGGUCUUCGAAAAGGAUAUGCGCCUUUAGCAAAGAGCAGGAGCUCAUGGUUAAAGACUUAUUUGAGCAGUUUAAAGACCACAAGAGGUGCAGCUACAUGAUCGCAAAAGCGUUAGAUGCUGAUAACACAUUUACUGCAGCUCAAGUGUCACAUAAACUUAAGCAACUUGGUUUACUUGUUCCUCGAAAAAAGAGACCGUCUGAAGGCAAGAAGCACUUGCUUGACAAGCAUCCCAAAGGAUUGUUUUCAGAUGUGGAGGAAGACAAAUCUGAUGAAGAAACACUGAUUUCACUAAUGAAAAGGAGCAAAAAGAGCAAGCCAUUCUUUGGGGAUGUUGCCACUGCAGAUUUACCUAAACAGAAUAUUGAAGCAACAUCUUUACAGGAUUAUUCUGAUGAGGAACUUCUGAUCUCUAUUCUGGAUAAAACUGGUAAAAGGCAUGCUUCAAAGGCACGGGAUGAGAAACUCACAAUUAGCUCAGUUAAGGAGACAGCAAUUGGAAGUAACUCUACUCAAGGUGCUUCAGGAAGGGAUUCAAGCAGCCAAUCCAAGGAGGCAGGGCUACCGCAUAUUAAUGAUGUGGCACUCAACGUUGCUAACCUUAAUCAAGAGGCUGAAUUUUCUGGUGGGGGCAGUGAUGAAGAGAUGGAGUCUCCCGUGAACAACGUCUCACAACAAAAUAUCAAUGAUGAAUUGGCCGAUGAGAUGGUGGACUCGGAGGAUGAUGUUGGGGUCGUUGCACGCACAAGUGCCGUAUCAAGAAGGAAACUGAAGAUGGUGAUUGAUGCCGACGAUGACGAAUAAAGUUUGCAGCGCGGUGGGGUCUUCUGUCUUCAUACAUUUGAAGGAAAAUUGAACAUGAUUUGAGGCCAUUCGGGAAGGUAUUGGAACUUCUAAUUUCCAAACCAUGUUUGUUUGGACUAGGGAUGUUCGAACAACGGCUUCCAGGGAGCGCAAAAUUCAACUGUAAAAAGCUGGUUUCUGGAAUUCAGUCAAAGCCAUGCAUAAUGUAAAUAACGUAAUUUUAUCAGGAGUUAUAUGCUGAUUAUGCUCUCUCUCUCUCUCUCGUGUUGUAUGGAUCCUUUAUAGGCUUAGAAAAUGGACAGCCAUAAAAGGGCGUAAUCCGUCUCUUAUCCCUGGAUGUCAA